AUGUUUGAACAAGUGAAGCCAAAACUGGAGGAUCUGACUUCUGUCGGGGUCAUUAUCCUAGAGCAGCUCGUUUCAUGUAUCACCUGGUUCUUGCCUGAAAGCCUCAUAAGUUUCUUCACCUCAAUGGUGAAGUUUAUCUUCAGUCUCCACGCCUCAAGCAACCCACUGUACAACCGCUAUCUCAAAGGUCGAAAUUUAGAAAUGGACAAGCAACUCGGCAAAAUAGAGAGACUGCGUGAAGCGCAAUAUUUUGACGAGCUCUGUGCCAUCCAUGGGUUCAAGGCUCAGAGCCACCUCGUCCAGACCAAAGACGGCUACCUGCUGACUGUGCACCGACUAGACCCCCAUGAGAACGGGUAUCGUCCAAAUGGUAAGAUCGUUUACUUCCAGCACGGCCUGUUGAUGAACAGCGAAAUAUGGGUGCUCAUGGCCGAUACUCGGCAGAACUUGCCGUUCCGGCUCUGUGAACUGGGCUAUGAUGUCUAUCUCGGCAAUAACAGGGGAAAUAAGUACUCUGCGCGCCACGUUUCGCUUUCGGUGAAUGAUGACGCGUUCUGGGACUUUUCUAUUGACCAGUUUGCCCUAUAUGACAUUCCGGCCUCAAUAGACCAUAUUCUGGAGAUAAACCGUGCUUCGCAAUUGAUCUACAUUGGGUUCAGCCAGGGAUGCUCACAAAUUCUUGCCUCUAUAUCUGUCAACCACCCUUUGAAUAUGAAAAUCAGCAAGCUCGUGCUGAUUUCUCCGGCCACAACGCCGAAAAAACUGUCUAACUGGCUUAUCAACUCGAUUGUGAACUUCCAGCCAGCGCUGAUAUACUUGCUUUUUGGCCGCAAAAUCCUUCUGAAAUCCGUUUUCUUCUGGAAGGAUAUUACGUACCCACCGUUCUUCUCCAAACUGAUCGACUUGUCGAACAAGAUUCUAUUUGACUGGAAGUCUCAAAACAUCGACCCGAUCCAGAAGUUCAUCUGCUACUUUCACCUGUACUCGACAACAUCCGUGAAAAGUGUGGUGCAUUGGUUCCAGAUCAUCAGAUCGAAGCGAUUUCAGAUGUACCAGGAGUCUGACCUGUUUCCUGCGUUUGAGUACCCAAUACACACAAAUAUUAAGCUGUCGAAAAUUCUGCUUAUCUACGGCAUGUCCGACUCGCUGGUGGACAUUCAGCAGAUGACUGAGCAGCUUCCUGAGUUUGAGGAGUACAACAUCUCGGUUCUCAACAAUCAGGAAAUGAAGCCUGAGCUUGUGGAGGUGGUAGACAACCAAAAGGUGGACGAGACGAUGAACAGCAGCGACGGAGAGAAGCUGCAGAUCGUGGGCGUGGAGAAUUACGAGCAUCUGGACCUUGUGUGGGGCCAGAACAUCGAGUACUAUGUGAUCAGCAACGUGUUGGAGUUUCUGAGCGACUAG